CGGAGUGGGGCUGAUACAAAAAGUUUGGGCACCACAUGAUCUAAAGAGAGAAACGGCAGUGUUGGGGACGCACUGACGCUGCAAGUGCAAAGAUGAAGCUGAUUGUAAUAGCUGCCUUGUGUCUGUCCCUUCUUUUGAAUAUUCAUUUUUCGCUGGCCAAAAAAAAAAUUGGGCUUCGUGAGAAAAUAAAUCUGUUUAAGAAGAACCCCAAAAUAAAAAAUGAUCUGGACACCAAGUCUAAGGGUAAACAACAGUGGAACCAAGGAGGCUACCAUCAGCAGCCAGGAAGACCUGCUGGGAGUUACCCUAACCAAGGAGGUUACCCCCAGCAGCCAGGAUACCCAGCAGGGGGCUAUCCGGCUGGUGGUUACCACCAGCAGCCAGGAUACCCAGCAGCGGGCUAUCCAGCUGGUGGUUACCCCCAUCAGCCAGGAUACCCAGCAGGGGGCUAUCCAGCUGGUGGUUACCCCCAUCAGCCAGGAUACCCAGCAGCGGGCUAUCCAGCCGGUGGUUACCCCCAUCAGCCAGGAUACCCAGCAGGGGGCUCCCCAUAUGGAGGUUAUGGAGGUUAUGGAGGUUAUGGAGGUUAUCCAGGUGGAUACGUGAACUACAACCCAAACAACAAGAUCCUGAGCCCUCAUUAUGGUGGCAGCUUUGGUCAUGGGGGCUAUGGGGUUGGGGGUGGCUCUCCCUUUUCCCACUCAGUUCAGGCAAUGGGCAUGUAUCCCCAAGAUAAAUCCAGAGGUUUUGGACGGAGUGCAGUAAUGGCAGCAGCUGGAGGGGCUAUGGCAGGAAUGGCACUUGGCUACGGGCUAGGAAGGUUCCCUCGUCCUCACUUCCCAUUCCACAGUCCCGAAGAGGAGUACUACUACAACCACUACAUGUACAGGAAAUACGGUGUCAAGUCUAAUGAUACCAAUGACUACAGCAGAGACUACAAGUACAGCCAACCCCCUGAGACCUAUGAUAGCUACAUGGACUCGUGCAUGAAGAGAACAGACCUGCUACCUGUGGACAAUCGAAAGCCAAAAGACAAACCAGCUGCCACCACCACAACUACAACCACUACAACUACAACCACUACAACUACAGCCACUACAACUACCUCUUUAACUACCACAUCUACUGCUGCCCCAGACACUGGCACAGACAGCAACACAACAAAGACUAACAGCACUACAGCGGGACACCCCUCGCCCUCCGCACCCUCAACUCCCCGCCCUUUAAAUCAGCCCGAGGCCAAUCCUGUGCCUCCAGCUUCACAGGCGGUCAGAAAAGCUGCUACUGAUGAUGAUGAUGAUGAUGAUACAGUCAGCAUUGUGGAGAUUGGCUACCCAGCACUGAUUGAGCAGCUGAAGGUCAGGAGAUGUUUGGAGCUGUACAUGGUUUAUUCUGAAAAGUACUUGAAGAAACAGACAGGAGGGGUGCAGGGACUGGAGAUGGGCUUGCGAGGGUCUUUAGCAGUGGUCACCAGUACUAUAGUGAUGCUACUGAACAGCAACAUGCUAACGCUGCUGCACUGAGGCCUUUGUUAGCAGAGAAAGUUUUGGAGCAGUCUAGAAAUAAAUUGUACAAUAAAGAAUGCAUUAUAGUAUUUAAGCAGCGUGACUCAAGAGAUCAAAGUGCGAGUCGGUUGGGCCACCACUUUGGUUCAGACUGAAAUUAUCUGGACAACUACUGGAUGGAUUGUACAGACAUUUGGUUUCCACGCUGGAAAGCAUAUCAUGAUCCUCUUUAAAGCUGGUUAUGAUCUCUGUUGUUAAUUAUUUUAUUUAUAUAAAACACUCAGAAGUAUGUGUGUUGUUGCUAACGCUCCUUAAUAUUCUUAUGUUGGAAUCAAUUCCAAGAAAAAAAAGUACCUUUUCUCAAUAUUUACGUAUUGUAGAUGAUGUUGGUACUUUUUUUUCCCUUUUGUACAACCCUUGCUUUGUACAGUACGUUGAAUGGUUUGGAAUUUUUUUUAUAUAUAUUUGCCUCCCUCUUCCUUUCUAUUCAGUGUUUUGACUCUUUUUCCCGUCUCUGGGGUAGGUUGUGAUUGCAAAGGUGCUUACUACAUCUGAUGUACUGAAUCCGAACCGAAUUCAUCGCCAAAGCUACUAAAUGUUAGCUUGCAUUAUCAGAUGAGUCUGUGGUUGCAUAGAUUGGAUCAUUGUACAAGACCUUUCCUAAUCGUCAAACCAAUUAAAGGCACACUGUGAAAGAGCACAUGUUCAUUCAGUAUUGGUGUGUAUUAACAGCUCCAUGCUGUCGUACUGCUCACCGUGACUGUCUGGAAACUGUUACUACCUACUACUGUCAUAGAAGCGUGAUGAUGAUGUGUGAUCCGCAGGCAUGUUUCCUUCAGUUAAAGGUUGCAUCGCUGUCCCCUUCAUCAUUUCACUGCAUCACUUUACCGUGGCAAAUGAGUGUCUGGGGGAUGAAAACCCAGAUUUUACAUGGUCAAAAUCAUGAAACCAUUCCCAUCUUUCUCUGUGGAUAAUACCUGUAAAAUGGAAGCAAAAUCUAAUCAAUGUUGUUUUUUUUUUCUGUUGGUGAUAUGAGUAGUAGAAAAAUAUAUUCAUGUGGAAAUGCAGCAUUAUUACUGUAAAGAAGCCAGUCUAAUCACAACAUACAAUACAGCUCAUUAAUUAGUGGCUCCUUUGGGUUGAUGGAUUAACUGAAUUAACUAAAUCUUUACUGCCAUGGCUGUUUUGUAUUUUGAAAGAGACAGGUGUUCACGCGGGUUCACAGAAUGAUUCAUCGCAGAAGGUUUUCAACGUAGGACUUGCAGAGGCCAGCAGGUGGCCUGUUUGCCACUUCCUGGCUCUGUUCUGACUCCUAGAAACAGCCACAACCCCCCUCGCUUAUUUCCUCUGCUAGAGCUCAGCUGUACUGAAACUUCUGCAUUUUCUCCAACAAGCAACUGCUAGCUUAUGAAAUUAAAAGCAAGUGGCUAACGGGUCUAGUUUUGACUGCUUCAUCUAAGUAGGUCCCUACAGUCUACAUUAAAAAUGAAUGAAAGUGGCAUUUGGUUUCAUGAGACACUCACUAAGGUAUGCUGAAAUGUAACUUUGGUUUACUAAAGUUUUUAUGUUAAUAUUUAUCCUUAUAAUAUUUUAUCCUUAUAGAACUGAGCUGUUACAGUCUGUACAGUCUGCUUUAUUAAGUGUUUAUAUAUAGUGCUUAUAAAUGCUAAACAGGGAGACCUUAAGUAAAGUGUUACCAUUGCCAGCACUUAAUUACCCCAAGGAAAUGUCCUCAUCAAGCAGAAUGGCCCCUUUCAGAAACUGGUCAAUCAUUAUGCAUGAAGACGUAAUAAGCAGCUUCAUGUUCAGCCUGAAUGGUUAUAUAUUGUUGACUAUUUUAAUAUAUAUUCUUGCAUCGUAUUU